AUGUUUCGUUCAAUGUUCGCUCUCUUAGCGCUGGCCGCCCUCGCAGCCGCUACCGCCGAUUCACCGCGUCCCCGGCUAAUCGAUUUCAACCCUUGGUCAUGGCUUCCGAAUAACCGUAACAAGUCUCCAUCCGUCAUGGACUACUUCUUCCCUCCCUCUAGAACCCCUAAACAAUCGAUCCUUGAUCCACCCGCGGACAGGCGACCCCCAUCUACCGUACAAACCACGUUAGAAGAUAGCCCUACAAUGACAACCCUUCAAGAGCGUCCUACGACAUUAAGUAGAAAAUCUCAUAACAAAAUUAAAACGACUGCAUCAGCAAUUCGUCCAACAUCAUCUACGCCUCCAAAAACGAAAAAAUCCUCCCAUAAGAAUGUCGUCACGGACACGACAGUCGAUUCCAAAACAACGCAAACAUUGAAAAUUGAAACGGCCGUGCCGACUACUAACUUUGUUACUGCUACGGUGAAGCCGCCUAAACGAUACACUAUACGGCCAGUGAGAACUACGGAGACCCCAGUGGUUUCGGAAACAGAAUCGACUGUUAACACAAAUAGCGAGAUUACAGAAACAAUAUCAACCGACGUGUCGAGUACAACGGCUGAAGUUACUAAAGAUAUAGUUUCAACUGUAAGUACUCUAAUAGAGACGCAAUCUACAGACGGUACCACCAACACGGGGUUAGAAUCAACGACAUCGAUAGAGAGCACCGUAACGGAAUCUGCGGACAGUCGUGAGGGCUACUUACCAUUGCGGGACAAACCGCAACACAACGUUGUCAAGAUCAACGAACAAACGAAUAAAGAGGUUAAUAUAUUUAAAAUUGGUAUAAAUCAGAUC